CCCAAAUCCCCACAGUUGUCGAUUCCUUUUUCAUCACGACUCAUAACUCUACUCUAAAGGCAAGCAUAGCUCAAGAAGCCCUAAUCUGUACGUAUAAUCAAUCAAUCAAUCAAUCGUCUUUGUUGAGUGUGAAGAAUGCAAAUGCAGCCCUAAUCAUCUCCUAACGGCUUCCGCCAAUCGUCACCGAUCCUCACCUGAAGGCAUGGAGUAUGCUAAAAGGAGAAAGAUAUCAGAUGUAACUAAAGAGGGUCAUUUUGACAACAGAAAAAAGCUUCUUAUUCUUGAUUUAGAUGGGUUGCUUGCUGAUCUUUUAGCAGACCCAGAUGAUGAAGCUGCAGGGUUUAAGAAGAGACCAUUUUGUGACGAGUUUUUGGAAUUUUGCUUUGAGAGAUUUAAUGUAGGAGUUUGGACAGCAUUAACAAGAUUCACUAUGGAACAUGCUCUUGACAUUCUUAUGAGAGACACUAAAUACAAACUGCUUUUCCGUUGGGAUCAAGCACAUUGUACCGAGAUGGGUUUUAAUGAUGGGAACGAGGACGAUAUCUUAUUUGUAAAGGAACUCAGAAAGUUAUGGGAAAAAAAAGAUCCAGGUCUUCCUUGGGAAGUAGGAGAGUAUGAUGAAUCAAAUACACUUUUAGUGGAAAAUCAUCCACAUGUGGCUCUGAAUGACCUUUUUUCCCAUUUAAAGCCACAUUCAACAAUCUUUCCUUACCCUUACCGUCACUACAAUACAGAAGAUAAUUCCUUCGGUCCAGAAGGCGACCUUCGUAUAUAUCUGGAGAGGUUAGCAGCAUCAGACAACGUUCAAAAAUUUGUAUCAGAAAAUUCGUUUGACCAACAACUUUUCCAUGUUGAAGACUAUCCAUGGAUAUUUCCGGAAGACUAUCUAAACGGUAUUCGCACAUACUUGUAUAAACAUAAAGCUAGUGAUUCGGUGGAUGCCCAAUGUAAAAACACAUCGGAACUAAAAGCCAAUAGUUCUACACUCCUUUGGCUGCUGAGACUUCAUUGGAACCAGGCCCCAACACUACUACUGCUUUGGUUGAUCUCAGUGCUCAGACUUCAACAGAACCACAAACCACUGCUGUAACCAUCACGGACUACCAACAACAUUGGCCUUUUAUCAAGCAGUCUCCAAUUUGGGCUACCAUUGACUCUCUUGUGUCAUGUCUAACGCCGCCUCAAACGCCACACUUUUUCCCAUUGAAGAAGACGAAAGAGCUUCAUCGUGAGGGUUUAGCCAUUGCUCACAUGUUGAC